GCGAUAGGAGGGCAGCGGAAAGAAGGCGGGGGCUUAGCGCUCGAGCCUGGAUCCUGAGCUGCGGCGGCAGCAGAGGGAUUAGGGCGCGAAGGAGGCGCCUCAGGUGGCGGCAGAGCGGGAGAGGAGAAGAGACCGGGAACGAGGAGAAAGAGGGAGGCAGCCCUGUCUUCGAGGGGCGGCCACGUCCUCGAGGGGGUGGCGGUGGCGCCCGGCCUGGCUUGGCUUCUGCGCAGCGAACAUGUUCUCCGUGAGGGUCGUGACCGCCGACUACUACCUCAGCAGCCCGAUCCCAGGCCUGGACCCGUGCCAGUCGCGUUUCAGGGAGGCCCCCGCCAAGAAGGUGCCCGUGGUGAGAGUCUUCGGGGCCACCCCGUCAGGUCAAAAAACUUGUCUCCAUUUACACGGCAUUUUUCCUUACCUAUAUGUGCCAUAUGAUGGUUUUGGACAGUUGCCAGAAAAUUAUUUGCGUCAUUUUGCAUUCAGCAUUGACCGAGCACUCAAUAUUGCUUUGGGAAAUCCAUCUUCUUCUGUUCAGCAUGUGUUCAAAGUGUCAUUAGUCCAUGGAAUGCCUUUCUAUGGUUACCAUGAAAAGGAAAGACAAUUUAUGAAAGUUUAUCUUUACAAUCCUGCUAUGGUAAAAAGAGUGUGUGAUCUUCUGCAAGGUGGAGCUGUAAUGAAUAAAAUUUACCAACCUCAUGAAGCCCAUAUUCCCUAUCUCCUCCAGCUCUUCAUUGAUUACAACUUGUAUGGGAUGAAUUUAAUAAAUCUGGCUGCUGUCAAAUUUAGAAGGGCAAAGAAAAAAGGUAAUACAUUUGAAGAAAUUGGAUGUUCUAAAGAUAAUUUAUCAGGACAUUUUGUUACUAGAACCCUACAUCGAUGGGAAGAUAAUCAAAUACCAAGUUCUUUGAUACUGGAGGGUAUUGAACGACAGAGUACCUGUGAAUUAGAAGUGGAUGCAGUUGCUGCCGAUAUUUUAAAUAGAUUGGAUAUUGAAGCCCAGAUUGGUCAGAACCCGGGUUUACAAGCAAUAUGGGAAGAUGAAAAACAACGGCGUAGAGAUAACAAAGAAUCUUCACAGAUUAGUCCUCCUAAUUCACAAGAUCGUGGAUGUGUGACCACAACAGACAGUGAAAAAAUCUUUCAGAAGAGGCUGAAAGAAAUUCUCAAGCAAAGUGAUCUCUCAGUGACAUUGUCUGGAUCAGUGGACUACAGUAAUGGAUUACAGGAGUUCUCUGCUGAGUUGACACUACAUUCUGAGUUACAUUCUCCUGCAGUUGUUUCUUGUUCUCCAGCAAACAUGGUUGAAGCACACAGAGAUACAGGGAUCAACAAAGAGGAGUCCUAUAGCAAAUAUGAAGAGGAAAAUGCCCUUAUUAAUGAAGAAGCCAUCUUGAAUAUCAUGGAAAACAGUCAGCAUUUUCAGCCACCAUCUCAGAAAUUUAAUAAUACCCCAGGACUCAUGGAUAAUAGUGUUGAUCAAGCUAUGGUACAUCUCCUGGCCGGGUUGGAGGAUGAUGGGUAUGAAAUUGGAAGACCAAGUACAUUAUCGCAUUUUUCUUCUGGAAGCUGUCAAAACCCUCAGAACAGUGAUGAUGAAGAAAAUGAACCACAAAUUGAAAAGGAAGAAUUGGAGCUCAGUUUAUUAAUGUCUCAACGAUGGGACAAUAGCCCGAAUGAUGUCAGUGGAAAGAGAAGGUCAGUGAGCAGAAGUAAGAAUCAGAGCUCAAGCGAAUAUGACAGCUCUUCAGAAGAUGAUAUGGACUGGAAUGAUAACAAUUUGCUUCUGGGAAACCUAUCUAUACCUCAGUUAGAUGGAACUGCAGAUGAAAAUAGUGACAAUCGUUUGAACAAUGAAGGUUCUCGAACGCACACUUCUGUAAUUGCAACAAGUAAAACAUCUGUACAGACUUCAAUUUUUCACAAAGAUGCUGCUACUCUUGAAUCUCCAUCUUCUGCAAAGAUUACCUUUCAGUGUAAACACACAAGUGCCCUUUCUUCUCAUAUUUUGAACAGUGAGGAUUUAGAAGGGCUUUCUCAGCCAAAUAUGAUGGACAUAAGACCUGAAAUGGCAGUUCAUUCUAUUGCAAAAGAAGGCACUUACAGUGUGAAAUACCCGACACCCUUCAACAAUAUCCUAAAUUCUGAAAAUUCGGUCAAGGAAAAUAAUAAAAGUGAAAUACUCCCAGUUUUGUGUGAAGAUAUCUCCUCAGUAAGCAGACAUUUGUCUAACCGAAAAUACACUGGAAUCAGGAAGAUUACAAACGAUGUCCCUCUGCAUAUGAGCCACCAAAUUGGUGAAAGUGUUAUGGUUAAAAAUUCUAACUUUACAGAUCCGGUCCACUCCAAAAUAACACCCUCUGAAACAAAUAAAAAUACCAGUGGUACACAUAUAAAUAGCCUUUUCUCAGAGCCAGAAAACUGUGAAUCUUUGUCUUGCUUUGAAGAUCCUUCAACUGUAAUUCAUUCUUCUGAAAAUACUACUGGUGGGGAUAGCCUUAAUAAUCUUAAAAUUAGAUAUGAAGAAUUUCAUGAAUAUAAAGCUCAGAAAACAAAUAUGAAUCAACAAGCACCACAUUACAUGUUCUUUCCUAGUGUUGUUCUUUCCAAUUGUCUCAGCCAACCACAGAGAUUGGGUCCUGUUACAUAUAAGCUACAACAAGGAAGAAAACAGUCUAGGCUAAAACUAACUAAAAAGAAAGUGCUUCUUAGUAGUCAACAGCCUACAAACGUUUGUGAUAAUCCAUUCACAGAAGAGAGUUGCUACAUACAAGGUAACGCUAGUAAUAACAUUCCUGACAAAGACAGUUCAUUACCGAAUGAUAACGAGGUUCAAGUUCCUCAUGGUGCUUUUGAAAAUAAAAUGUCCAUGGGUACUAGUAAUUGUGUUGAUUGCCAUUUUGAAGAUGGUGCUCAAGAAUCUUAUCAAGCCUUUGGGUUAUGUGGAAAUAAGUACACUCUUCGAGCUAAACGUAAGAUAAAUUAUGAGACUGAAGAUAGUGAAUCCAGCUUUGGUGCGCACCAUUCAAAAAUUAACCUACCUCAUUCUGUGGGAAAUGAUGAAUGUUUAGACGGAUCAAAAAAAUGUCAAAAAAGAAGAAAACUUGCUAAAAAAUUGCCGCCUGUUAUCAUAAAAUAUAUUAUUAUUAAUAGGUUCAGAGGGAGAAAAAAUAUGCUUGUUAAACUAGGAAAAAUAGAUUCCAGUGAAGAACAAGUUAUACUUACAGAAGAAAAAAUGAAUCUAUAUAAGAAACUUGCACCUUUAAAGGAGUUUUGGCCCAAAGUUCCCGAUUCACCUGCAACCAAAUAUCCUGUUUAUCCAUUAACACCAAAGAAAGGUCAAAAAAGGAAAGCAAAAUGCAAGUCUACAAAGAAAAAGAUUGGGAAAUUGCACAAUAUCAACAGCAAAAAUAUUAAAAGAAGCCUGUAUUUCAGGAGAAGACCGCAUGCCUUUCUUUCCCCGCCUCUGCCAUCCUAUAAUACUGAAGCUGAAGACUGUGAUUUGAACUAUAGCGAUGUUAUGUCUAAAUUAGGAUUUUUGUCAGAGAGAAGUGCAAGUCCAGUUAGUGUAUCUCCACCUCGCUGCUGGUCUCCCACUGACCCAAAUGCAGAAGAAAUUAUGGCUAAUCUGAAGAAAGAAACUUUGGUAUUUCAAAAUGCUAAUAUGUACAGCAGUAAGAUUAUUAGUCCCUACAUGGGCAAAAAAUGUCAGUCAAAAAUUCAGACAAAGAGAUGUAAAAAGCAGCUUGUUGCCUCUACAGUAAGGACUAAUAAAAAGAACAAAGGUAAACUGAUUAAUAAACCAGGAAGUGAGGUGAAGAAAAAGCCUAGAGCAAAACAGAAACAAAAAGAAAAGCACUCAAAAAUUGAAACUGUUACAGAUGAAAAAAAUGCUGUUCCUUCAUCAGAAGUCAAACACCUUAAUGUACCUGAUGGUGCUCACAGUUUAGGAAACCCACAGUCUCUUUAUAUCCAAAAAGAGAUCCCUUCAGCUGGCUAUUCAGCAGGUCAUGUACCAUCAGUACAACUUGCAUUGACAGCUAAUUCACAAGUAAAUCCGUUGAUUUAUUUCCAUUCACUGCUGGAAAAUGAAAAGCCUCUUGGACAGCAGGGUUCCACCCUGACAAAAGAGGACCUUCAUUCAUCUAUAACUUCUGUAGUUUCUGGAAAGGAAAAAGCCAAAAUUAAUUUCCAAAGAUCUAACAAUCAAAGUGGAAUAUUUAGGACAAAAGAGUCCUCCUUAAUUCAAAAUAGUGCAUUUGAUCAGUCUCACCAUAUAUCUCAAGUAACACUGAAUACAUACGGAUCUAAGGACAUAAUGCCCAAAAAGGCAGAAGUAGUUCCAAAUUUACAAAACAGAUUUUUGUCCUCUUUUGGAAAAAUGAAUGACAACUAUAUACCUUCUGAUACAGUGAAGAUGGAUCAGGUCCAUCCUGGUAACUUUUUGCAUUGUAAAGACAACCAGCAGUCAGUUGUUCAUCUAUCAGAAGCAACAAAACAUUCUGAUCAUAUUUCUUUUUUUAAAACUUCCGAGGAAGGCCAUGAUUCUUUUCAAUUACCAAAAACAUGUUUUGUAGCUUCUUUGAGAAGUCCAGUUAAAAAAAUUGAAUGGGAACAGAAGCAAAGGGGAUUUGUUUUGGAUAUGGCACAUUUCAGCUCUGAAAAAAAUAGGAAACAAAAGGGGCUGUCAGAAACGAACUCUCAAGCCAAAUCUGAUUCUCAUUGCAAAGGCAAGACAUUGUUAACUCCUUCAGCAUUCAGUGAAGGACAUUCUGGCUUGGCUGUUCUAAAAGAAUUAUUACAAAAAAGACAACAGAGAGUGCAGGCAAAUAGCAUGCAUAAACAAUUACCAGCUAAAACUCACCUGAGCAGAAGUGUUUCUUAUCCUCCCGAUAAAAUCAAAUCAAUGAAAAAAUCACGUUCAGUUGCAAGAAAACCUCGUCCUAGGGAUAAAAAAUCUAAAGAAAAAACAUUCAAGUUCUUGAAAGAUUCUGCAAACCAGUUGAAUAAUAAGACUGGUCCAGUUACACCUGUCAGUAGUCCUGUUUUUUAUUCAGAUCCUGGUUUUGAAAGUUGUUACUCACUUGAAGACAGCUUGUCACCUGAUCAUAAUUACAAUUUUGAUAUUAAUACUAUAGGGCAGACGGGAUUUUGUAGUUUGUAUUCUGUCAAUCAGUUUGUCCCAGCGGAUCAAAACCUCCCACAGAAAUUUCUGAGUGAUGCAGCUCAGGAUCUUUUUCCAGGCCAGGCUGCAGAAAGCGAACUUUUAGGUCAUAACAAUAAACCUGCUAAGGAAGAAAAUCAUUACUCUUCAGACCCCUCAAUGUGGUUACGAUCUGGCCCAUUGAGCCCUCAACUUUUUGAUAAAAGGUGCUUGGAUAACAAUGACAAUCAUCUCCACAGUCAAUGGAAAAAUAAGAUCUUCCCAUCACCAUUUCAACCUAAUUUGCCUCUAGAUAUACAACAGGCAGAAAUGUGCCAGAAGGACAGAAAUGCAGUAAAGAAAGGGAUUUUUCUUAAUCUUUCAUCACCAACUGAUGAGUGGGAUCAAAGCCAUUUUAAAAAAGAAACCACUUCUGACCCCAGUCACUCACUUGAUUCAGCUAGUGUAUCUUUCUCUUCGAUUCUAUCUUCACCAGAUGGUGAACUUAUGGAUGCAGCUUCUGAAGAUUUAGAGUUGUAUAUUUCAAGAAACAAUGAAAGAUUGACACCAACCCCAGAUAGUUCACCAAGAUCUACUAAUUCACCUUCACAGUCAAAAAAUGGAAGCUCUCCGCCUCGUGCUGCUCGCAUUCUUAAACCUCUGAUGUCACCUCCAAGUCGUGAAGAAAUAAUGUCAACUUUAUUAUAUCAUAAUCUUUCAGAAGCUAUUUACCAGGAACCAUUUUGCAGCAACCCUACAGAUGCACCAGAAAAACCAAGAGAGAUUGGAGGAAGACUACUUACUGUAGAAACUAGACUUCCAAAUGAUUUGCUAGAGUUUGAGGGGGAGUUCUCAUUGGAAGGGUUACGGCUAUGGAAGACAGCAUUUUUGGCCAUGGCACAGAGCCCUAAACCAGGAUCUCCACUGCGAAACAGCCAGUGCACUACUGACAAAAAACCAAAAAAUAGCCAUGGUACUAGUGAGGACAAAAAGAUAGUAAUCAUGCCAUGCAAAUGUGCACCAAGUUACCAACAAGUUAAAUUAUGGCUUCAGGCCAAAGAAGAUAAUGAACAGUUAAGGAGAAGAACUUUCAUGAAAUCAACAGAGAUAGAAAAGGCUGAUGAAUGUUUGAAUUGUGUAUCUUUGCCUAAAAAUAUUUAUCAAAUAGCCAUGGCAGGUGAGGAUUCCAGCAAACCUGUUGUACAGUUAGAAGAUCUUUGUUCAUCAUCGACAACUCCUACACCUCCACAGACUGAACAGGAUAAGAAUUUAGUCCAAAAAAAGGAAAUGCCACUUGUUACUACAGCAGUAGAGAUGGACAGAGAGGAAGAGGACUCUGUUAACUAUAGUCCCCCUGAUUCACCAAUGAUUCCUCCUUGGCAACAAGUAGCAUCACCAGAUUCAAAACAGUUUAACUCAGAAGACUCAGAGGGCAUAAUAUCUUUGGAAGAAACUGAACUUCUACCUGAGAAAGAAAAGAAAUAUAUCAAAAAUGAAAGUAAAAAACCUUUCAGUGUCUCUCCACUGGUGAACAAAGAAUACGAUGGGAAUUCUGAAAAUAUUUACCUGCAUAGUACACCUAUUCGGAAGAUUCAGUCACAAGGAAGAAUACCUGAAGGACUAGAAGGCUCUUCAUCGUUACCAGGACCGAGCACUCAGAAACUGAAUUGCAGAAGAGGAAAUAAUGCUAAUGCUCUUCGAAAAGUGCUUUUAACAACUCAAGUUAAGAAUCAAUUCACUGCUCAAACUACCCCAAAGAAAGAGACCUCUCAGAUUGAAGGGCCAUCUUUAAACAACUCAUAUGGUUUUAAAAUAAGUAUGCAAAAUCUCCAGGAAGCAAAGAGUUUACAUGAGGUUCAACACCUUACGCUUCUCAGUUUAGAGUUACAUGCUCGAACAAGAAGGGACUUGGAGGCAGAUCCUGAAUUUGAUCCUAUCUGUGCUUUAUUCUACUACAUUUCAUCUGAUACAUCAUUGCCAAAUGCUGACAAAACAGAAAUCACUGGUGCUAUAGUAAUUGAUAAAGAGAAAACAAGAACAAUCUCAAUACAAGGUAACAGAGAACAUGCCCCUUUACUUACAAGAUCUGGUAUCUCAGGAUUGGAAGUUACGUAUACUACUGACGAAAGAGCACUUUUCCAGGAGAUAGUGAAUAUUGUUAAACGGUAUGAUCCAGAUAUUUUAUUAGGCUAUGAAGUCCAAAUGCAUUCUUGGGGUUACCUCUUACAAAGAGCUGCUGCUCUAGAUGUUGAUUUGUGCCAGAUGAUCUCUCGCAUUCCAGAUGAUAAGAAAGAGAACAGAUUUGCUGCAGAUCAAGAUGAAUAUGGGUCCGAUACAAUGAGCGAAAUAAAUAUUGUUGGGCGAGUCGUUCUAAAUAUAUGGAGAAUUAUGAGGCAUGAGGUGGCUCUAACUAACUAUACCUUUGAAAAUGUGGGCUUCCACAUACUCCAUCAACGGUUUCCACUGUUUACCGCUCGUGUUCUGUCUGAUUGGUUUGAUAACAAGGCAGACAUUUAUAGGUGGAAAAUGGUUGAUUAUUACACUAGUCGUGUUCACGGGAAUAUCCAGUUGUUAGAACAGUUGGAUUUGAUUGGAAGGACAAGUGAAAUGGCAAGGCUAUUUGGAAUUCAGUUCUUGCAUGUUUUAACAAGGGGAUCACAGUACCGUGUGGAGUCAAUGAUGUUACGUAUUGCUAAACCCAUGAAUUAUAUUGCGGUAACACCCAGCAUCCAACAGCGAGCCCAGCAGAAGGCCCCUCAAUGCAUCCCUCUAAUAAUGGAGCCAGAAUCCCGUUUUUACAGUAAUGCUGUCCUUGUACUAGAUUUUCAGUCUCUCUAUCCAUCUAUAGUGAUAGCAUACAACUAUUGCUUUUCCACAUGUUUGGGACACAUUGAGAACCUGGGGAAAUAUGACGAAUUUAAAUUUGGCUGCACAUCUCUGAGAGUGCCUCCUGAUUUACUGUACCAGCUUCGGCAUGAUAUCACAGUAUCACCCAGCGGAAUUGCUUUUGUUAAGCCCACAGUAAGAAAGGGUGUUUUGCCAAAAAUGCUGGAAGAAAUUCUGAAGACUAGAAUAAUGGUGAAGCAAUCAAUGAAAUCUUAUAAGCAUGACAAAGGCAUCAGCCGAAUGCUCGAUGCUCGCCAGCUUGGUCUCAAACUUAUAGCAAACGUCACAUUUGGUUAUACAUCUGCUAAUUUUUCUGGAAGGAUGCCAUGUAUAGAGGUUGGUGAUAGCAUUGUGCACAAAGCCAGAGAGACUUUGGAACAAGCAAUAAAACUGGUGAAUGAUACAAAAAAGUGGGGAGCACGGGUUGUAUAUGGGGACACAGACAGCAUGUUUGUACUACUAAAAGGAGCUACCAAGGAACAAUCUUUUAAGAUUGGUCAAGAAAUUGCAGAAGCUGUAACAGCAACAAACCCUAAACCAGUAAAACUGAAGUUUGAAAAGGUCUAUUUGCCUUGUAUUCUACAAACCAAGAAGAGGUAUGUUGGUUACAUGUAUGAAACGGUGGACCAGAAAGACCCGGUGUUUGAUGCAAAAGGCAUAGAAACUGUUAGACGAGAUUCAUGCCCUGCUGUAUCAAAGAUACUUGAACGUUCUAUCAAGCUACUGUUUGAAACACGUGACAUAAGUCAUAUCAAGCAGUAUGUGCAAAAUCAGUGCAUGAAGUUAUUGGAAGGCAAAGCCAGCAUGCAGGACUUCAUAUUUGCAAAAGAGUACAGAGGACUUUCUGCGUACAGACCUGGAGCCUGCGUACCAGCUCUAGAAAUCACAAGGAAGAUGCUUGCAUAUGACCGCCGGUCCGAACCACGAGUUGGGGAAAGAGUGCCGUAUGUCAUUGUGUAUGGCAUGCCAGGAUUGCCUCUCAUACAGUUGGUUAGGAGGCCCAUUGAAGUUCUACAGGAUCCUAACUUGCGACUGAAUGCUACUUAUUACAUCACCAAGCAGAUUCUUCCUCCAUUGGCUAGGAUCUUGUCACUUAUUGGCAUAGAUGUUUUCUGUUGGUAUCAUGAAUUGCCAAAGAUCCAGAAAGCUGGCAGAACGGCCCAUGUUGAACAGGAAAGCCGAAAAGGGACAAUUUCCCAGUAUUUUACCACCUUACAUUGCCCUGUGUGUGAUGAAUUGACACAACAUGGAAUUUGCAGUAAAUGUCGGAGCCAACCUCAGCGUGCUGUGGUCAUUCUUAAUCAAGAAAUUCGAGAAUUGGAGCGUAAACAUGAUUGCUUGGUGAAGAUAUGCAAGAACUGUACAAGUUGUCUGGACCGGCAAAUCCCAUGUGUUUCCCUGAACUGCCCAGUGCUCUUCAAGGUCUCCAGGGUGAGCAGAGAAUUAUCCAAGGCUCCGUAUCUUCGCCAACUUCUUGACCAGUUUUAAGGGACCGCCUGCAUCGCAGGACUCCAGGUGCUAUUUUGUUUCCAAUGUUUACCACUCUGAAACCAUCAUGCAUGGUCCUUCAAUUUCAUCUUGUCCAGAAUUUUCAUUGUCGACUUAUUCCGAAAAAAUAAUGAAUGUUUGUCCGAAGUAAAUUUCUUCAAUUGUUAAUAACUCAUUUUAAGAUGUCUGUUUUAUCCAUCCUUCUGCCUUUUAAUGCAGAUAUUGGAAUAAACUAUAUGUUAACAUCUUAUAAAUCCAUUUCACAAUAAAUGUUUACUUCCCAAUGGGUUUGAGGCAUUGCAAUCCCUUGGGAAAAAUGUUGUUGUGUUUUAUUAAACUGUCAGUAUCAGAAUAUUUUACUUGCAGGUAUCUCGUCCAUUUUAUAAUUUUGACUGCAGAAUAUUUUGUAAAUACACUUUUUUACUUUUCAAACAACUGAGUAAAAAUAAUGUGCAAUGAAUUUUAUACUGACACUUUUAAAGUUUGUUGGGAUAUUGCCUCUUCAGUUUUGCUUGACUCCAAGUAGAUUUGUUGUUUUUUUGACCAGACUGUGCAAACAAUAGUUAUGUGUAGCAUUUUUGAAGCAUUUUCUAAAAAACCACUGUCUUGCUUUCGCUAUGAAUUGGGGCAUUGUGAGGAACUGUGCAAAGACAUUUGUUAUAAAACUGUGGGACUGUUGCAAUACUUUAAAUAAGAAAUUUUAUUCCAUUUUUGCUUUUGUAUAGACAUUUCUAUUGCUUCUAAAUAUGCUUAAUAUUUCAUGUACUGUACAGUUAAAUUUAUUUGCCAUCAUCUGGACAAAAUGUGUAUUUAGGAUAUUUGUAUAACUGUAUAAAAUGAAAAGGAAUUAUGUGGUCAUGAUUCAUUUUUUAGAAAUUGGAAACCAUUUUGAUUUAAAAAUUAAUGAAAAUCAUACUAAAAUCGAAUAAAAUCAAAUAAAUGUGCAUUUUUAAAGUUCA